AUGGAAGGGGGGCCGGAGAGAUCCCACCCGUCUGGGAAGGAGGAGCGGAGGGCAGGCCAGAGGGUCUGUGUGCCCAGCCGUGGGGAAGGCUCCCAGGGCGCCAGGCCGGUGUGUGCUGGCUGUGGGGGGAAGAUCAGAGGCCCCUUCCUGCUCCGCGUGGCGCCCGACACAGAGUGGCACAUGGGCUGUCUCCGUUGCAGCUGCUGCCAGCUCAGCCUAGCUAACAGCCCCACCUGCUUCCUGCGCGACAGCAGCGUUUACUGCAGAGCCGACUAUCUCAGGCUCUUCUCCACGAGAUGCGCCCGCUGCCGGGAGACCUUGCUGCCCUCUGACCUGGUGUUGCGGGCACGAGGGGCUGUAUACCACCAGGCCUGCUUCUGCUGCUCCCUCUGCCAACGCCGGCUGCUGCCCGGCGAGCAGUUCGCUCUGCGGCCGGACGGCUUGUACUGCCCCAUUCACCAGUGGCCAGGGCAGGAAGGAGCAGGGGCGGAGAUCCCGGUAUCAGCAUGGACCAAGUGGCACCGGUCAGUAAUGGGCUCGAGCAUCCCCGUGGCCCAGGGCGGCUCAGGGAAGCUGACCCGCGUCCGCACUGUCCUGAACGAGCGGCAGCUCCAGGCCCUGAGCUCCUGCUAUGCGGCCAACCCUCGCCCCGACACCGGGCUGAAGGAGCAGCUGGUGGAGCUGACCGGCCUCAGCCCCCGCGUCAUCCGUGUCUGGUUCCAGAACAAGCGCUGCAAGGACAAGAAGCGGAACCUCGUGAGCCAGCUGCAGCCGCCGCCCCUGGUAAGAAGGACCCUGCAGGGUGCCGUGGGGACCCGGAUGGUGGCCGCCAGCCCGCAGCCCCAGGACGAGGCGUAUGCAUGGAGUCCGGUGGAGGUUCAGAGGGGCAGGCCCUCCUGGCAGCUGGUGAGCGGCACCGAGGAGGCAGGUUUCUCCCAGCUGCUGCGGCUGACGGACCCGGAGCAGCUCGGCUGGGUGGACUCCGUUCUCCGCUAG